AUGGUGCAACUUAUACUUGGUGUUAAUUUACCUGAAAAUAAAAUAGUUAGGGUGGCCUUAACAUACUUUCAUGGAAUUGGACACAAAACGGCACAACAACUUUGCAGUAAAUUUUCAAUUCAUAAAACCUGUAAACUUUACGAAUUAUCGGAAGAGAAAAUCCAACAAAUUUCUUUAGAAUUAUCUAACAUGAAUAUAGAAAGUGAUUUAAGAAGAGAAGUACGAAAUAAUAUUUUACAUCAUAGAGCAAUUGGUUCCUACAAAGGUAAAAGACAUGCCAUAGGUUAUCCCGUGAGAGGUCAGAGGACAAAGACAAAUGCUAGAACUGCUAGAAAAUUAAACGGAAAGUGGCUAAGAAAAGUAGAAUUUAGCACUCUUUCCAACCCUUCAGGAGCGACAUCUUCAAGUUCUCGUAUUAGAAGCUACGCUCUACCGUUAUUGACAGAUUUCAGACCAUUCGAAAGAUUUUACAACAAAUUCUUUUAA